AUGGACCAUAAAAUCGACACCCUCGCCACCCUCCACAACUGGACCCAAGGCACUCCAUCCCUGUAUCCUUUCACGGGCAUUAUUCAACUGUACCUGGCGGAGGAGAUCUCGGUAGUGACGGCUGUAGGAGAGAUCAGUGCGUUUAUGGAGAAGAGGGGGGAGGGAAUAGAUGAAUGCGUCCACGACCUAUGGGCCAGUAUUCUACACGCGGGGCGAUGUCUACCCUGCACAAACAUCAUGGUGUCAUCAGCUACUGCUGAAAUAAGUAUCACUUCCAACGGUCAUGGUGGUAAGCCGGGAGAAAAGAUGAUAAAGAAAGAGACUAUCGACACAGACAUCUCCCAUCACCAAACACCCACCCCAUCACAGAAGAAACUGAUUGCCUUGAUGCACGCGAUCAAGAAUAUGCCCGAUGUGCAUGUGCAUGUUCGUGCGAGGACGCGGUCGAGGUAUUCUUAUUCUGCUGCUUCGCAGGUGGGUGGUGGAAGGGAGAGGGAGAGGUAUAGUUCUUAUGGUGGUGGUGGUGGUGGUGGUGUUAAUGGGGAUAUUACUGAGAAGAAUGGGAAUGGGAAUGGGAAUGAAGAGCAUGGGGGAGGGGAAGAUGAAGGAGAAAGUGUAUAUCUCGAUGGGACGGUGGGCGGGUCGCAUUAUAUUCGCCAUUUACAUGAUUCUGUGGCUGCACCUGUUCCUCCACCACCUCAUCCUAUACCAUCAGAACCAGGAAAGAACACCAAUACCAACACACCCCAACCUCAAAAUCAACCUCAACCUCAACCCGAAGAAAAUCCCAGACCCAAACCCCCCAAACUCCCCUCCUCGGCAUCCGAAUCAACAAUCCGACCCACAAAAACCAAGAGUUUAGUAUGGGCCUACCUACCACAUUUCCGAGACGUGGUAGGAUCAAUAUUUCAUGAUUUUGGAGAUGUGCUCGGGAUGCAUCUGCACCCUUUUCCACAUACACAUACACAUCAAGAACACCAAAAAUGGCACCCAAGAGAUCAAAAGGUCCUCCACCAAGCAUGGCUCAACUUCAUCACAUUCCUCGCAUUCCUCGCUAGAGAAGGGGUACUACAUUCCCCCAGUGACUCGGAUAAUUAUGAGUAUGGGUUUGAUGAAUAUGAUUGGGGAUUCGAUCAUCAUGAUAAUGGUAAUAAUAAUGAGGAUGGGGAUGAAAGCGACGGAGUCGGGUCCUGGAUCGAUGAUCUUGCGAUUUCGUGUCUUCGGAUACUUGAGAACCUUCCACAUCAACCUCAGAAUCAUCACCAUGAUAAGAAAAAUAAGAAUGAUCAUCUGCAAAACAACACCCAAAUCCUCACAGCAACGACCCUCGCCCUUCUCUACGGUGAACAUCUCUGGCGGAGAAGGGGUAUUCGCACUCCUUCCCAUCCCUAUCCUCCUUCCCCUCCUUCUCCUUCUUCUCACCAAGAAAAGCCUAAAGAAGAAAAGGAAGAGAAAGAGAAAGAGAAGGAUAAUUACAUAGUAGCAGGUCUCACCCUCGAUGAAUUCGAAUCAGGGUCUGUAUCUGCUUCUACGUCUACCUCUGCGGCGAAUUCUCCGCCUUUGGCUGUAUCACCACCACCAAAUGGUGGAGAUGAGAGUGGGGAUAGGGAUAGGGGAAGGUUUAUUACCAGGAAGACGUGGGAAGGGUGGAUUCGGAGGUUUAAUGAACUUGCUGGGGAUGUUGGCCCCGGGAUCGGGAUCGGAAUGGGGUUGUGGGAUGGGACGAGGGAGGGGGCGUGGUUGGCGGGGGAGGUGUUGAGGAGGGUUAUUUCUAUUCCAGAGUAG